AACCAAAAAAAAAGAAAAAGAUUACUCUCUUAAUAUCUGGGUUUAUACUACAGUCCUUCUUUGGUGCAAAGAUCCCAAAAACCAAAAUCAAAAGAUUUGAAGAGGGAAAGAGAGAGCAGAAAAAAGAAGAAUCUUUAUCCCUCUCUCUCUCGAUGAGGAUCCGGAAACGACAAGUGCCUCUUCCUCUUGCGUCUCUAUUACCAGUUCCUUUAUCAGAUCUCUACUUUAACCGCUCACCGACGGCCACCGCGAGAUACUUUCGCGGUGGUUAUAGAGACGGAGGUGAAGGUUUUGGUUCUCUUCACCUUUCGCUUCCGCCGCCGUCUCCGAUUUCUGAUCGGCUGAUUCAAAGAGAUUUGAUGAAGAAGAAGGAGGUCAAGGCUUUGGAUGAUAAUGGUGGUGAUGGUGAUGUAGACGUGAUGAGUCGUACUGAUGCUUCGGGCAGCAAGAAUGUUAAUCUCCGAGGAGAGUCCGACUCUUCAACACAAGUUGUCGAGAAGAAUGAAAAGGUUGCGUCUUUGAGGAAGAGAAGAGGCUUUAUAAACUUUGAGGAUUACGAAGAUGAGGAAGAUGAAGAAGCUAGUGGCGGUGGAGGUGGUAAUAAAGGGAAAAAGAAAGGGAAAAAGAAUGGUGGUGCGUUAGAGGAAGGAUCACGGUGCAGCCGCGUUAACGGUAGAGGAUGGAGAUGUUGUCAGCAAACGCUUGUUGGUUAUUCUCUUUGUGAGCAUCAUCUCGGUAAAGGAAGGGUAAGGAGCAUGAACAAGAGUGGUGGUGGUCGUGGCGGCGAGAAAAAGGCCGUGGUGGUGGAAGUGAAGAAGAAGAGAGUGAAGCUUGGGAUGGUAAAGGCACGUUCGAUAAGUAGUUUGCUUGGACAAACCAGCACUAGUGGUGGUAGUGGUGAUGUUGAGGGUGAGAUAAGUGCACCUGCUGAUCAGUUUGCUGCAUGUGAUAACCAUCCUCACACUCUAAAACUCCAACAGAUUCAGACACAUGGAAGCUCAGAUUCUUUAGUAAUCUGCUCAGGUUGCGAAUCAGCCAUCUCUGAUUCCGAAACCGCAUAUAUCUGUUCAACAUGUGACUUCAAUCUUCAUGAGAAAUGUGGUAACGCGGUGCGUGGGAUGCAACACCCUUCUCACGCUGGUCUCCACCACUUGACUCUAGUCCCUUACACAACUUACAGUGCCGGUACCUUCCUCUGCAGAGCCUGUGGCUCCAUUGGAGGUAAAGGGUUCUCUUACUGUUGUCCUUUGUGUGACUUUGACCUCCAUGUUCAAUGCGCGCAUCUGCCUCAGGUCACGGUUCAUGAGUCUCAUCCUCUCCAUAGUCUUCUUCUUGUCUACAACAGUACUCCGGCUAUGUCUUUUACUCAGUUUGGUUUCGGGAAUCAGCUUGUUUGCAAUAUUUGUAACAUGGCUAUGGAUGGUAGGUUUUGGUCCUAUAACUGUUAUGCUUGUAACUAUCAUAUUCAUGCUUCAUGUGCUGUGAAUAAGCCUAAGCCAGUGGCUCCUUCUGCUGAGAAGUGUGGGACGAGUGAUGAAGGAAAGACACCGCACGCUGAAUCUGUUCCUGUUCAGGGUUUGGAGACUGAGCAGACGGAACAAGUAGCUGCAACAACAGAGCAAGUGGAAGAUCCAGCUUUGAGGCAACAGCUUGAACUUCAGAAGCUUCAGCUUGAGCUAGAUAUGAGUUCUGCUCUCGCAAACAUGAUUGGUUCCUUCAAUCUCAGUUCUUUUGUUUGAAGUAUCUUUGUGUUGCUGCUAUCUUUUUCUAUUUCAGUUUGUUUGAUUGAUGCAUUUACAUGUGCCAAUAAGACCUGUAAUUGUCU